UUGACGCCAAACGCGCGUCGCACGCAGAAGUCUCGAGAUUCCCCCCGAUUUCACUAUAUAAUAUAUAUAUAGUUAUAUAUUCAAUUCUUCGCCGAUCGUCGUUUUGUGGUCGGAGCAUUUAGAAAUGGUCCGAUAUAUUCCGCUCCUACUCCUGGGAGUGCUGUGCUCCUGGCCAGCUGCCACUGUGGCCAGUGACCAGCCUUCCCGCGUCGUCUGCUACUUCAGCAACUGGGCCGUGUAUCGAACUGGAAUCGGUCGCUAUGGAUUGGAGGAUGUGCCCGCCGACCUGUGCACCCACAUCAUCUACUCCUUCAUUGGUGUAAACGAUAAGAGCUGGGAUGUGCUGGUGAUCGAUCCUGAGUUGGAUGUGGAUCAGGGUGGCUUCAGCAAGUUUACCCAGUUGAAGAAAUCCAACCCCAAUGUGAAGCUGGAGAUAGCAGUGGGUGGCUGGGCGGAAGGUGGCUCCAAGUACUCACAAAUGGUGGCUGUUCGCGAUCGCCGGCAGAGUUUCAUACGCAGUGUGGUGCGCUUCAUGAAGCAGUACAACUUCGAUGGUUUCGACUUGGACUGGGAGUAUCCGGGAGCCACGGAUCGCGGUGGCAACUAUGGGGAUAAGGACAAGUUCCUGUAUUUCGUUCAGGAACUGCGACGUGCCUUCGAUCGCGAGGGUCGCGGAUGGGAAAUCACCAUGGCGGUGCCCGUUGCCAAGUUCCGGCUGAACGAAGGUUACCACGUUCCGGAAUUGUGCGAAGCGCUUGAUGCCAUUCACGCCAUGACCUAUGACCUGCGAGGAAACUGGGCCGGAUUCGCCGACGUGCACAGUCCACUCUAUAAGCGAAAGCAUGACCAAUACGCCUACGAAAAACUGAAUGUGAACGACGGCCUUGCGCUGUGGGAGGAGAUGGGCUGCCCGGCCAACAAGCUGGUGGUGGGUGUCCCCUUCUACGGUCGGACGUUCACGCUGAGCAACUCGAACAAGAACUACAACAUGGGCACCUACAUCAAUAAGGAGGCAGGCGGCGGAGCACCGGGUCCCUACACAAAUGCCAGCGGCUUUUUGGCCUACUACGAAAUUUGCACCGAGGUGAUGGACAAGUCCAAGGGAUGGACGGUGGAGUGGGAUGACGCUGGCAUGGUGCCCUACACCUACAAGGACACACAGUGGGUGGGCUACGAGAACGAGGCAUCCAUUCAGAUCAAGAUGGACUUCAUCAAGCAGCGGGGAUACGCCGGUGCCAUGACCUGGGCCAUAGAUAUGGACGACUUCCAUGGGAUGUGCGGCAGGAAGAACGGCCUAACGCAAAUCCUGUACGAUAACAUGAUGAACUAUCGUGUUCCGGAACCUACAAGGCAGACAACACCAAGGCCUGAGUGGGCAAAGCCGCCAGCAACACCACCAAAUCCGGAUGAGGGCGCGGUGGUGGCACCAACUACGAGCACAACCAAGAGGCCAAAACCAAAACCGAAGCCAACUUCAAGUCCAGUAAGCCCAACAUCCGCUCCAGGUCCUGUUCCAACUGUUGGCAGUGGCACUCCGAAGCCAACCACAAAGAAGCCCAAAAAACCAAAGAAGACAACAACCACCACAACAACCACUCCUUCUCCGGAAAAGAGCACUGAGGAGCCGGAAGAAGUUGUUCAUCCAGUGGAGCCCACUGAUCCCGAGCAGCCUAUGGGGCCACAGUUCGAUCCCAACGAGAUUGAUUGUACCAACCGUGACUUUGUACCGCAUCCUAAUUGCCGAAAGUACUUCCGCUGUGUCCAUGGCAAACCCGUCGAAUUCGAGUGCAAGGAGGGAACGGCCUUCCACACGGUCCUGAAUGUCUGCGAUUGGAUCGAGAACAGCGACCGCUACUACUGCAGUCGCAUGAAGAACAAGGAGAAGGGCAACGAGGCCCACUAACUGUCCCAAAAUAUACGCAUUAACUAUUUAAAACGAAAACUUUAGCAUAGGUUUGGAAUAUAUCUAGUAAUACUUAGAACUAGGUAUCUAAGUAUUUAAAAUGAAUAGCAUCUAAGGGUCAUAAAGUAGACCAGACGAGACGAAAACCAUAAAAAUAAAUAAGAUUUUAAAAUCCAAUAAACCAA